GACCUAAACUGAAGUGCGGCGUAAGAGUGGCCGUACAGACGAACGGAUGGAUCUCUGACCCAGUUGUGUAGGUGGAUCUCGGUGCGCUCUCUUUGUUCGCGAGUCUCGGCCUGGCUCAGAAGUAGGUUAGUGCAGUCAGAGAGGCGAUCACGGUGGGGCCCUCGUUUUCGUUCCUCGGCUCGGACCGCAGCAGACGACCGACAAUCAGUCAGUGGCAUUACGCCGACGGUGUCGGUUUGUUGUUGUCGAGAGUUGGUGCUGGCACAGACAGACGGUCGCGUAUCGUAGGCAUGUGACUGCCGCAACACGCACUGCCAUGAGCCCCGCAUCGUCGGGCAACUUGGAAAUCGAACGCUACAUAGGUGCCUGUCUCAUCUCGCAGAAUCGCUCCAAAGCAAACGGUGGCGGUGCUAACAAGUCACGCGAGUUCUACUCCUCGAGGGAUCAAUUCGUUCCGGAUCUGUUCGCCGGCGGAUAUGUGAACCAUUUGGACGGACGCUACCGCAUCCAGCGAUGCAAUUCGGUGGAUGUGUGGGCCGGAGGGAUGCCUCUGAUUUCGUUCGCGAACAACCAGCGGAGGGUCCGCGCUGACGGUCAACCCCACAAUCGACAGGAGGACCAGCCCAGUCCCUUGGCUCGGCUGGCCGUCCACACGCAAGGGGCCCCCUUGAUCCUGACGAAGAGUUACAAUCACAGGAAGAACAAGAUCAACAGAAACAAUGCCAACCAAAAGGCUCCAGAUAACAAGAAGGUUCCUGGCAACGGCAACAAGUGUCAGGAGGCCAACAACAAUAACAAUGUGACAGGUGUGGACGCUAUAAGUGUGGCGAGUGAUGAAAGUUCAGGAUCGGCGAACUCUGAGAACUGCCUGCCGCGCAUUAUAAAACCGCGUAAACGUCGAAAAAAAGACAGAAAGCCGCCCCUUCUGGGCCGUCCUCUCAGCCAGGACGGUUUCUCCACAGACAGUGCCAGUCCGGAUAUAGACACCCCCGGUGUCGUAACCCUUCACAGAUCGUUCAUACCAUUUAACUUCGAUCCGUAUUCGUUCAGAUCAGUUCCUGAAACUCCAUUAAGUCAUUUAAUCAAUACCAGUAGUUUAAUAGAUCGCUACCAGAACGAAAUUAGCGAGACGCCAAAUCUGCACCAUUCGUUCGAAGAUAUUGAAGACUUCGACGACGGCAAAGACAUAAAUGGCAACCAACCGACCACCACCUGCCAGUGCAGGUACUGCGAUCCUUCCGGUCAGAUAUGGGACGUGGAUCGCAGCUGUUAUUCACCCUUCCUCACGCCGCCCAAGACCGAAGGCGGCGCAUUCCAGUUCCCCGGUUACAACAACUACACCAACCCCCUGAAGGAGACUGAAAACCAUUGUCUGGUCCACAGCAUGUCGUCCGUUUCGUUGGAGGAGGAACAGCACAGAACGUCGUCGGAUAAGAAGGCGCCCAGGGAUUUGGAAGUGUCGACGGAAAUCGUGACGUCGCUGAACGGCCACCGCGAUCUCGAAAUUAAGUUCUUUUCGACACCGAGUGCGGAUAGUGCACGCGAAAAGUGCCGUUUUUGCGGCAAAGACUGUGAAUUUCAGUGUGCUGUAAAUAAUGUGUGUAAAUUUAUCUCGGAAGAAUGAGUGCCCCUUUUUGUAUUCGUUACUCUGACUACUCCACUUUUAUUUCGUGAGGAACGAUCGAUCUCACGACUCUGAGCUACGCUGAGGUUUUUUGAUCUCUCUCCCGCUAACCACAAGAUCUAAUGUAACGCAUAGUAUUUAACUUUCACUUUCCGACUAUUAUUUUUUUUUGUGUGCAUUUCCGUAUGUAUCAUUAUUGAACUUUGUCGGCUAAAACUUUCUAGGUACAUAAAGUUUACUGGUGCAUGCGGAAACCAUCCGUUCCGAUUGUUUUAUAUAUAUUUUUAUAUUAUCCUUAUAACCUUCAACCGGAACGGGGAACGGCUGGAAUAUUUUAACUUUAAUUUUAUUUAUUUAUGUUUCCACUUUUGAAUGAUUUGUUAUUUUGACACUAAUGUGUUUGUUUAAGUAUUAUUGUAUUAUUUUUAAAUAUAUGAAAAUAUUUGCUUUCUCCACAUUAAA